AUGUCAGACAUGGCGUCUUUAGUGCGUUUAAUCACGCAGUCCGUGCUAUUGGCGUCAGUGUGGCACGUCACGACGGGGUACAAGACAGGGACCCCGCCGUCGGCCCACGUGUGUAGGGAAAUGUUCCCCGAGGGUCACCACUUCGACUCCCAGAUUCGAGAGCCGCCCUUCAAGAUCACCACAUCAUCCACCGUUUACAAAACAUCGUACGACAAAAUCAGAGUAAAAAUUGAGGCGCUGCACGGGUACUUUAUCCGUGGCGUGUUCCUGCAGGCGCGGCGCUCCGACUGCACGCACAAGGAGCCCGUUGGCGUCUUCAAGCUGCCAGACGCACUAACACAGAAACAUUUCAAAUUGGUCAACUGCUUGAACCAAAGCGCGAGCGCGGUGACACACCGUGCGUAUAACGUGGAGAAGCCGAUAUCCAAAACAGAGGUGGAAUGGUACUCUCCCAGCCAGAAUGCCGGACAUGUCUUCUUUGUGGCGACAAUCGCGAAGGAGCAGGACAUAUUCUGGACGGGUGUGACGUCAGACGUGAUACGUCACCUCGAUACGAACGCUGAACUUAACAAGUGCCAUUUUCAGAAGCUCAUCGACCCACCCAACAUAAACACAACACCCCGACCCUUUCCACCCGAUGAAAAAACAACCACACCCAAAAGUCAGAGUCCGGGGCUAGCUCCCAGCGGCGUCGUCCUGCUAGGCGCAGUGGCAUUAAUCUCAUUUCUUUUGAAAACAUGCAAUUAAGAUCGCGAAGAUCGCUUCAAUAUAACUGCCUUAUUUGUUCUGUAAACGUUUGACGACCGAGAGACAUAUGUAUAAUAUAUUUCUACAGAAUGUUAGAGGGUCACCAUUUGUAUCGGCAAUGUGUGUAUGGCUUUGGUUUGUGUAUGCCUUUGAUUUUUUUUUUUUGCUAAACAGAUUCAAUUUGUAUCAAAGAUGUUUAUUUGAACAGGUAGUCCAGUGACUCUGUGACUGAAAAUAAAGAGAAAAUGCACAGAAAUGAUUUUUGCAUAUUUGUGUCGUUUUAAUAGAAUUCUAUAUGUAAGUUAUAACACAAACUAGUCGGCAUUACACUUUAUUCUUAAACAUCAAUGUGUUAAGUAAAACAACAAUAGGGAAAGAUAACAUUGUGUACAAAUAAACAAUGUAUAACAUAAAAUUGCACCUUUGGAUUGUGUGGGCACUAACAGACAUCCACAAAUAAAGUAUGAAGAUACUGCACAAAUGGUAAUUCAUUCUAUGAGAACAUGGUUCACGAACAUUCAAUGUGCUAAUCACCUUGCAGAAAUAUGGUGGCAUUUUUUAUAAGAACAGGUUUUUUUUGCUAUGAAAACCUCUACCUUUUUCAAUAUACAUAAU